AUGCUGGUUUUGCAAAAUGAUAAAAUUGAUUCGUGUAUUGCAAAAAUUAAUACUUUGCAGACGGAAAAUAUAGAUAUGCAUUCUAAGAUCUCCGAACUUGAAAGACAAGUUCAGUCAAUAAGCACUAAAGACCUAUACAGAGCAGUUAAGGACAUAUUGAAUCAGAUUCCAGCCCCAUCUCCUAUUACUUAUAAUAAGGUUUAUAGACUAGGUCAGCUGCAAAAUAAUAACAGUGUCCCUCGUCCUUUAAAAAUUGAGUUUCAAACAAAAGAAAUAGCUCUAUCAGUAUUACGUAACAAACUUAAAUUGCCCAAAUCGAAAUAUCCUAAUUUGAAAAUUUCUAAUGAUUAUACACCUCGUCAAAAAGAAGAGAUAAGUUCGGUGUUCAAGGAACUAGAGGAACGAAAAGCUAAAGGAGAAAACUUGAAAAUAAAAUUCUUUAAUGGUCAACCGCAAAUUAUUCCUGGAACAACAAAAAGAAGACGUGAAGAUUUCUCGCCUAAUCAAAAUAUACCAAAAAUUAACAGAACCGAACAACUCCUUCAAAAAACUGCUAGUAACUUUUUGGAAUUGUCAUGGUUAUAG